GUAAUCAGACAGCUGGCUGGACUGAGCGCUUCAGGCGUACUCUUGUACGAAUCACUUGUAUUAACAAAACUGAAGGUUAUUUGUUAGGAUAUCACGCAGUUGAACUCUACGACACUCGUUUACUGUUUGACUCACCACCUCGACCAAUCGUGCAAUUCAGGAAAGUGUAAAUAUCUUGAGAUAGGACAUGGAGGCGGCUACUGAUGUUGCGGCCGACGUUGGAGGCCCCCAGAUGAAAGAAAUUGGCAACUUCUGGGAUCUUCAUGAACGCCUAGAACAUUCAUGGGCUAACAUUGUGGAGAAAAGAGACAAAGCAGCAGCAGACAAGCAGAACGCAUUAGCACGGCGCACUUCUGAUGUACAACUGUAUGAGACCGACCCUCAGGUGCUCGGCAGACGUCUCAAGCAAAUAGAGUAUGGCAAGAGUACUGUAGGCUAUGAGCGUUACUCUGCUGCUGUACCCAGGAAAAAUCGAGCUAAGCACCACCCUCGCACACCAAACCGCUACCUAAAGUUCAGCCGACGGUCGUGGGAUGCCCAGAUUCGCAUUUGGCGCCGACAAUUGCACCUCUGGGACCCCCCGAAAGAACAGCCAGAGGAUGCCACAGAUGACAUGCCAAGUAGCAGUCCUGAUCUCGGUGAUGCUGACAUUCUUCUUGAUGAAGAUGUUGAAGCUCUCCUGUCUGAAGCUGAUUUUUCUACAAAACCAACUGAAGUGGCUAAGAAACUGGACUUCGAAUAACUUUUUUUUUUUUAAGUAUUUCAUAUUUCACUACAUAUCGUCCUGUAAGAGUGGGUCAUUCCUGCUGCAUCAUUACAUUUUAUCAUUUUACAAGUGUGUUGUCUGAAUAUACGGUGCGCUUUUAUGUAUGAAAAUUUUUAUUUGGUUGGACAAAUAAACAUGACCACGCAACGACGUGGAAUGUUACUCUUGCCUGGA